AUGGUGACGAUCUGUACCUACAAUGCACGUACACUUGCACCCGAGUCCUCGAUGGAAGACUUGCUUAUGCAAGAAAGAAUGAUAAGGUACGACGUCAUCGGCCUGACCGAGACGAGACGACUCCAGCCAUUCAACGCCGUCUUUGAAACUGAGCUGUUGCAGGGAACAUGCGAUAGUAGAGGAGUCGGCGUUCUCGUCAACGCGAGUUUGUCCAUGAACAUCGAUCCAUUCGAACAGCUUACAACCCGAAUCGGACGUUUACGAUUAAAAAGAUGUGGAUUAAUACCGGCUUUAACAGUCUUCGCCGUUUACGCGCCAACCUCAAAUUAUGACGAAGAAGAAGUCGAAGCGUUCUAUGUGGACUUGGAGAAGUUCUACAGAGAAAACCACACAUUCUUCAAGGUCAUCAAUGGAGAUUUCAACGCCAAGAUUGGACCAAGAAGAACGUCUGAAGAACGUCACAUUGUGACCCAUGGAUUAGAAUGGAACGAACAGGGUGAGCGGUUAUCUGAGUUUACCAUAGCGAACAAGACCAUCCAUGGUAACUCUCAAUUUUAG